UCCACACAGUCAACAUCUCCAACUAUUAAAAACUAUCUCUCGCAAGGAUUACCAUGACGAGCAUCUGCAGCAGCAACUUCCAGCAGCAGCACUAUCAGCUGACCAACGGCAACAUCAGCAACAUGUUGCUGCAGCACCAGAGCAACUUUAAUCAGAAUCACCAGAUUCAGCAGCAGCAGCAACACCAGCUGAUUGCCCCCAAAAUGCCGCUGGGCACCAGCCAAUUGCAGAAUCAGCAGCAAUCAUCGAACAUUGGACCGAUUAUGUCCUCCUCGCAGAAGCAGAAGAAGUUCAACUACAAUAAUAUGCCCUAUGGCGAGCAAUUGCCUUCGGUGGCCAGGCGAAAUGCCCGCGAACGCAAUCGUGUCAAGCAGGUGAACAAUGGGUUCGUCAAUCUUCGCCAGCAUUUGCCACAAACGGUGAUCAAUUCGCUGUCGAACGGAGGACGCGGUGCCAGCAAGAAGCUCUCCAAGGUGGACACCCUGCGCAUUGCCGUCGAAUAUAUCCGUGGACUGCAGGACAUGCUGGACGAUGGCACUGGAACUAGCACUCGUCACAUUUACAACUCGGCCGAUGAGAGCAGCAACGAUGGCAGCAGCUCGUACAACGAUUACAACGAUAGUUUGGAUAGCAGUCCGCAGGAGUUUCUCCUUAACCAACUGAAGAACUCUAUGCCCGCUGCUCACUCCUAUCACUCCGCCUCGCCAACGCCCUCGUCGUAUUCCGGAUCCGAAAUCUCCGGCGGUGGCUAUGUCAAGCAGGAGCUGCCCGAACAGGAUCUGAAAUUCGAGUCCUUCGACAGCUUCAGCGACGAGCAGCCCGACGAUGAGGAGCUCCUCGACUACAUUUCAUCCUGGCAGGAGCAGUAAAUGAGUGGAUCUCAACGAAUAUGCCUAACCCUAAAAAAGAAAAACCAAAAAACUUGUACAAAUUGUAAAUAACUCAAAUUGUUGCCUUAGUGAGAUUCUAAAACCCCCCUCAUUUUUUUUUGACACUAGUUUAAGACCCCAUGGAAGACAAUGAUAUAAAACAUAUAUUUUUUUCAUA